UUUCCCUUUUCUUUCUUUUAAUUCGAUGUUCAGGUGGAAAGAAAAGAAAAGAAAAAAACCCAAAAAUAAACGGUCAAACAAAACAUGAACGAAAAAUUGAUUAACUUCGAAACCAAUCAAAAGCACAAAAUAACAUGUAAUGGUCACCUGAAAUAACAACAAAACCUCAAUUACUUUUAUUAAUUACAAAUAAAAAGAAAAUGAAAGUUUCAUUAUUGUCACUGCUCUUUUUUUCUCUCACUUUCUCCUCUUUGAUUUCUUUCUCCAAUUCUAGAGGCGGAGAACCGACCUCUCUUUCUUCAUCAGGUAUUAACAAUGGUAGUAGCAGUUACGUGGUUUCUUCCAGACGGUUUCUAGUUGAGCGUAAUCAAUCUCAAAUAAGUGUUGAUAAGGCUAGUGGAUAUAUGACUAACUCUGAUCUUGAAAAGGCAGUGAAGGAAUUUGGGAAGAGAUGCAGUAAUAUUUCUAGGAUUUAUAGUAUUGGAUAUAGUGUAAAUGGAGUUCCACUGUGGGUCAUAGAGAUCUCUGAUAAGCCUGGGGAAGAAGAGCCUGAACCUGCAUUUAAGUAUAUUGGUAAUGUGCAUGGAGAUGAACCUGUAGGUCGUGAGAUGUUGAUACGACUUGCUAAUUGGAUAUGCGAUAAUUACAUGAAGGAUCCCUUGGCCAGGUUGAUAGUAGAAAAUGCUCACCUUCAUAUUCUUCCGUCAAUGAAUCCUGAUGGAUUUUCAAUGAGGAGGCGUGGCAAUGCAAACAAUAUCGAUUUAAAUCGAGAUUUUCCUGACCAGUUCUUUCCUAUGAAUAGCGACAUGUACACACGUCAACCAGAAACAAGAGCAAUUAUUAAUUGGUUGAGAGAGAUACAUUUCACAGCAUCUGCCAGUUUGCAUGGGGGUGCACUUGUUGCAAAUUAUCCAUGGGAUGGUACGGAGGAUAAAAGGAAAUAUUACUAUUCAUGUCCUGAUGAUGAUACAUUCCAGUUCUUGGCAAGUAUAUAUAGCCGUUCUCACCACAACAUGUCUUUGAGCAAAGAAUUUCCUGGAGGAAUUACAAAUGGAGCAUCUUGGUACCCAAUAUACGGUGGAAUGCAAGACUGGAACUAUAUAUAUGCUGGCUGUUUUGAAUUGACCUUGGAGAUUAGUGACAACAAAUGGCCUAAUGCCGAUGAGCUUCCUAUACUUUGGGAAUACAACAAGAUGAGUUUAUUAAACCUCGCAGCUAGCCUUGUGAAGACAGGAAUACAUGGAAGGAUCUUUUCAUCUGAUAGAGGGAGGCCACUACCGGGUUCCAUCAUAAUCAAGGGAAUAAAUUACACGGUUACAGCUAGCAGAGGGUUAGCUGAUUACCAUCGCCUGCUUACCCCUGGAGAAAGAUAUGAAGUUGUGGCCUCUAUGCCUGGGUACAAAUCAAAGACCACAUGCAUCUUGUUAGGAGAAGCAGCCAUGACUGUGGACUUCAUUCUUGAACCGGAAUUCACGACUGAGGGGGCUGUAAGAAGUAUAUAUGAAUGGAACUGCGAGGGGAAGACCGGGCUCGGAGGUUUUUGGGGUUUCCACUUGGAAAUUUAUAUUAUUUUGAUUGUCAUCUUAGCAUUCUUUUGCUUUAUACUGAUGAGGAGAAUGAAAUUCAACCUUUUAAGCCAUAGACAGUUGCCAAAGAAGUCAAUUCAGGUAUGAGGCAUUCACUGUAACUUGUAUGAACCUAAUUGUAUACUUCAGGUUAAUACUCUAUACCACCUUUCUGUUAUUUGCU